GAGCGGGGAGCGCCUGGGUGGCGCCACUCCCAAGCAGUUCUGCGCCGUGCAAGGCAGGCCGCUCGUCAGCUACACUGUGCGGGCGAUGGAGAGGUAAUGAGGCAGGCGCUGUUCGCUUCACGCCUGCUCCCUGCGGGCCUUCCCCUCCACCCCUGGCAUUUGCUGGCCUUCGCCAUGCUCCCAGUCCCUGGGAAUCCUCUGGAGGCAGCUCGCCACUCGUCUGAAGCCCUGAGUCCCCUUGGUGACGUUUGGGUUUCGGUGGGGUCUCCUUCCUUCCCCGCCCAAAGUGUGACAGGGCGGCCGGGAACACGUAGCUCUGGUGCAGGCCGGCCUCAGGACCCUACGCGGCUGCAUCUCUGCAAUCGUGGGCAGCUCUCCUCUGUGUGUGCUGCUGCCAGUGGCUUGAAGCGAUGUCGGUUUCCACUGCUGCUGUUGGAGGCCUCCAGCCGCAAAGCUUGUGGGUUUCUUUAGCAGCAGCAGCAGCGGUUGGUUUGGUGAGCGACAAGCCUACCAUAGCUGUUAGAGGCUGUCAUGGGGCUAUGUGGAGACCUCGAGAGCACGGGCUUGGAGAUGGUGUUCAUCGUGUCUAGAGGCCUCGAUUAAAGACCCGCGUUUAAUAGCAUGAUAACCGUGGCCUACAGUGCAGCAUUAUGCAUCACCAUUGUGCCUCAAAGAGGAAUGUUCUGUUUUAGUAGGAAGCUUGACUGGCUCCUUGUCUUUGUGUAAGGAUAAGUUGGAUAUCUGACAUAAUUGUGGUGGUCUCUCCUGAGAACAUUGAAACAAUGAAGUCUAUCACUGAGAAAUAUGGCCACGAGAGAGUUACGGUGGUAAAAGGUGGGGUAACUCGUCAUCGCUCAAUUUUCAAUGGGCUGAAAGUAUUUGCAGGGAGUGAACUUGCCAACCAUUUGCUCCAGAAACCUGAAGUAGUGAUUAUCCAUGAUGCUGUAAGGCCAUUUGUUGAAGAAGAUAUUCUUGCAAAAGUGGUCAUGGCUGCUAAAGAAUAUGGGGCAGCAGGAGCAAUUCGUCCUCUAGUUUCUACUGUUAUUGCAUCUGAUGCGGAUGGUUGUUUAGACCACUCAUUGGAACGUGCCAGAUACAGAGCAAGUGAAAUGCCUCAGGCUUUCUUGUUUGAUGUAAUCUAUAAAGCCUACCAGCAGUGUACAGACUAUGACCUGGACUAUGGAACUGAAUGUUUGCAUCUGGCUCUGAAAUACUGUGAAACAAAUGCCAAACUUGUUGAAGGACCAGCUGACCUCUGGAAGGUGACCUACAAGCGGGAUUUGUAUGCAGCUGAAUCGAUCGUUAAGGACAACCUAUCACAACAAGUUUGUGUGAUUACUGAUGUGAAGGAAGCUGUUGCACAAGUUGGUUUUCUCUUCCAUGAAUCUUUGAAAAGGCAAAUAAAAGUUGAAGCUGUAUCGUUACCUCUAAGCAAAAAUGAUAGCCACCUACAAAACAUCUUUUCAGGACAGUACUACAAUUUUGUUUGUGUAAAUGAUAAAAAGUAUGCCUUGGAAGAAACCCAGAAACUAGUGGAUAUGUUGGAAAAAAGAAAUACUCCUCUCUUAGAUCCAGUUGUCCUUAUUUUGGUACAAUUGGAUAUUUCAGAAAAAGUUUCUUUCAGCAUUGGCAUGGAAGAAAUAACUGGGAUCAAGAAAUUUGCAAGGGAAGUGAAAAAGAAAAACAUUUUGGUUUAUGGUCUCCUUAUGCAGUAUAAGGACCAUUUGCUGCUUCAGGAGACAGUAAAUUCUGCUGCUGCUCUUAUCAUGGCACUAAUAAAGGACAGAAAUCCAGAGCUGAUAGGCCAGCUGUUGGUAGCCAAUCUUUUAAAAUAUUCUACAAACACUGGAAAAUCUCUUUUGCUGGAAGCAAAUAUACCAACAACAGAACUACUAAAACAGAUCAUGAAAUACUAGAACUGCAGUGAAAAAAAAAGAAGGAAACUGGACUGUGAUUAAUGCUAUUGUGUAUCCAAACCAAACUGAAUGGUCUUUUACAUUAUUGUUAACAUUUACAAUGGGAAUAAAGAUGUAAAAUGAAAUUAA